AUGAAAGAGGGACAGCAUAACACACCUGAUUCACCAAAGUCACCACCCUCAUACAUAACAUCUACAUCAUCCAAUAAUUACACAUCACCGUCAUCCGACUCGUCAUCAGGUCGUUCCUAUCUUCGUCUAAAUAAAUCACCAUUAUUAUCACCAUCAACAUCCAAUCAACUACCACCCAAAUCUCCAGUAUCACCAAGAGCUGCUGAGACAGUAAAACGUAGUUUUUUUCGUUUUAAUUCAACACCAGCGAGUGGUGCAAAUAAUUUAAUAAAUUCAACUCCAUCGACAAAUCCAUACAUUACAAACAUGGGUCAAACGGGUAGUAAUGUUAAACGAAGUCAAAGUGAUAUUCAAACUUUUCUCGAUAAAGAGAAAGAAAAAUUUAUUGAAAAAAUUGAAAAUCCAAUUAAACAAAAUGCUCAUUUAGAUGAUUUUGAAUUACUACGUACGAUUGGUACAGGUUCAUUUGGUCGAGUAUUAUUAGUUACACAUCGACAUAAUGCUGAUGAAAAAGUAGCUUUGAAAAUACUUGAUAAACAAGUUGUUGUUAAAAUGAAACAAAUUGAUCAUACAUUAGCAGAAAAGAAAAUUCUUCAAGCACUAACAUGUCCAUUUAUAGUUAAAUUAUUAUAUACAUUUAAAGAUAAUUCUUAUUUAUAUUUGGGACUUGAAUAUGCACCCGGAGGUGAAAUGUUUACACAUUUACGUGCUUUUGGACGUUAUACAGAAGAUAUGACUAGGUUUUAUGCUGCACAAAUUGUUCUCGCUUUCGAAUAUCUACAUCAUUUGGGUGUGAUCUAUCGAGAUCUUAAACCAGAAAAUUUACUCUUUUCUUCGGAUGGUUAUUUAAAAAUGACUGAUUUCGGUUUUGCUAAACGUGUCAAAGAUAGAACAUGGACAUUAUGUGGAACACCAGAAUAUCUCGCUCCAGAAAUUAUUCUCAGUCGUGGGUACAAUAAGGGUGUUGAUUACUGGGCAUUAGGUGUAUUAAUGUAUGAAAUGAGUGCUGGUUAUCCGCCAUUCUUUGCUGAUCAACCAAUCCAAAUUUAUGAAAAAAUUGUUUCCGGUCGUGUUCGUUUUCCAAAUCAUUUUACUGUUGAUCUUAAAGAUUUACUUAAAAAUCUACUUCAAGUUGAUUUAACACGUCGGUAUGGUAAUUUAAAACCCGGUGUACGAGAUAUAAAAGAACAUCGUUGGUUUAAAGAUAUGGAUUUUAUAUCUAUUUAUGAGAAAACUAUUACAGCACCAUUUAUACCACGAACAGAUCGAGAAAAUUAUGAAACAUAUGAAGAACAACCAUUGACUGUUAGUUCCACCGAACGUUAUCCAAGAGAAUUUACAGAGUUUUAG